UCUGGUGAGACACCACGUGAUGCCAGAUCCCGCUUUGUGGAGCUAACAAAAGCUUCUUGCGGAGCUUAAGACUACAUCUCCGAACUGCUCAAUAACAUUUCUAUAUUCCCAUUGUUGUUGGCACAACGGGAAUUCACGCUCGCUUCCGCGUUGGCAUUCACUUUUAUUUGAUUCUAGGAUCUGGUCUUAGGUACCCGAGCUUCAAUUGAACUGCUCGACCGUCAUGGCAUCAAUCUAUCCGCGAUUAGUUCUCCGAGCGCGUUCCGGCGGCAAUAUUAUUUCAUCGAGCGCUUUUCAGCAACGGCGAUCAUUCCACCCUACUCGACCGUCUCCUUUCAUCAAUGAAGCUUUGGAUAUCUCCUCUAGCUUCCUUCACGGCGUCCACGAUGUGACUGGUCUUCCAUGGGCCGCUUCUAUUCCCUUAACUGCAUUCAUCGUUCGAAUGACCGUCGCGCUGCCUUUGCAGAUCUAUACAAGAAUACAUGCUCGCAGGAAUCGUGAUCUUUCGCCACUCCUUCUAUCCUGGCGCAAAGUCUAUCAAGAUCAGAUCAUGGAGAAGGCAAAGGAAGAAGGCAGACCUUUACUACCUUUCGAGGCAGAUCAAAAGUUAAACGAGGAAAUGUCCAAGAGACAGAAAUCGUUACGCAAGCGCUGGAAAGCCGCGAGGUUUCAUGGCAUGGCUACCUUCUUACAGAUUCCAAUUUGGCUUUCUCUGAUGGAAAGUCUGCGAGCGAUGUGUGGGAACAAUAAUGGACUUGUGCCAUGGUUCUUGUCACUUAUGGAGUCGGAAUCUGCCGAUCCAAGUCAAUAUCACCAUCUCAAUAUCGAACAGUCUCUUGCAUCUGAAGGUGCCCUUUGGUUCCCGGAUCUAUUGGCCGGAGAUACAACUGGCAUACUUCCCCUGAUGCUUGCCGCGACCAUUUGGACAAAUGUCAGCGUAGGCUGGAAGACUCCUUCCUUCAAAGAACUUGCGGACUUCCCGCGGACGGAGAUGGUCAAGCAGGGUGUUUUGAAGACGAUCAAAAUGUUCAUCCAGUUCAUGGCCAUCAAUAUAGGCAUCAAUUCCUAUAUGUCUGGAAUGCCUACUGGACUAAUGAUCUACUGGAUCACUAGCGCGAACGUUGCGACACUGCAGACCGCAUUCCUCAAUAAAUACAUGUUCUCAAAAGCGCCUCUCAAGCCAUGGAUGAAGAUGCAUGUCGGUCUCCGGAAGGCCGGGGAAGCCAAGCCCGAGAAAGCAGCAUCCAAAAUAUGACUGCCGACUCAUCGAAAACUGUGAAAGAAAUUACAUGACUGGUGUCAAAUAUGAUGCAAAAAAGGGGGAAGAAAUUGCCGUCCUGGACAGAAACACCGAACCUGCUUCUCGCGUGCCCUCGAAGAACGUCCAGAAGAUCAUGCAUGCAUCCGGGGCGAAUUAUAUUUAUGCAGACCGAGCAUUUCCAACAUCUUUUUCCGAGGGCCCCAGACUACCGCGCUUUCUGGACUGGAUAGAUUCAUGUGGAGCUCCUGAUUGAGUAGAAUUAUGAUGGACUCAGGAUCCAGAUGCGGGAAAAAGCUUGCCCAUAUACCCAGAUGAAUGCCUCGGGGUGAGCUGCCAAGGAAGGUAUGAAGGACGGUGUCAUCAUAUCUUCUCCAGUUCUCUGGAUAUUAACAGACAUUGGUAAUCAGCGGCAGUGGUUACGUUCAUC